UUUUGAUUCCGACGUCUUUCAAACCUCGAAAUUCGACCUGUACCCAUUCACAGUUCAGACGCAUAAUUUUCGUUGCGUUAAAGCUUUUUGCCGACCACAACUAACGUGCAAAUGCUUAUUCACAAAUUAGACACAUUUCUUUAUUUCCCGUCAAAUCGACUGAACACGAAAAGGUAAAAUUUGAAGCCUACUGCUUUAAGUAUUCAAUCGAACUCGAUUGCUGCUGUUGGACGUUCAUCUGUCAUCAGACACCCAACAGUCAAGAUGGACGAUUCUGAACUGGAAAGCCUACGCUCAAAGAGGAUGGCCCAGAUGCAGUCGGAACUCGGUGGAUCUCAAGGCGAUAAUCCUGAGAAGCAAAAACAAGCAGAGCAACAACGUCAGGCGGUUGAAGACAUGAAACACUCAAUACUCACCCAAGUAUUAAACCAAGCUGCACGAGCAAGACUGAACACUUUGAUGAUUGGUAAACCGGAAAAAGGACGUAUGGUGGAAAACAUGUUACUUAGGAUGGCACAAUCUGGACAGAUUGUUAAUAAAUUGGGAGAAGAUGAACUGAUCGGUUUGUUAGAACAAGUCAACAGUCAAAUGCAGUCACAAGAACGCAAAACUACAGUCAAGUUUGAUCGAAGGAGAGCUGCUCUUGAUGAUUCUGAUUCUGAUUACUAAUAUUAAAAUGAACUUGAAAACAUUACUUUAUAUAUAUAAUUUUGUACUAACGCGUAAGUAUCUAUUAUGAAUUUAAUGAGAUUUUAACAAACAUUAUUUUAUUGUCCAAAAAAAUAAUAAUAAUAUAUAAAUUAAGCUUUGUUAUUUGCUUAAGAAAAAAAUAUUAAUAAAUAAAACUAUAUUUUUGGCCUUA